AUCGUGCCGUUUAUCUGAUCUCGGUUUCACCUCGUCCGCAACGGUGUGUUCGAAAAGCAUUCACGUUGAGGACAGGAAGUGAGUAGCUCGCAGAAAGAGUCAUAGCGACGAGAGCCAUCUUUGACGGGCAUCGCGGCUUGGCUCGGUGUGAGAACGACAGGAAACGCUUCACAUCGGCGACAACGUCGCGUCGCGCCGGUACUGGCAUGGCUGUUUCGCAAAUUGUUCCCGCGCGUCAUUCUCAUGUAUAUUUCUAGCGGUCGGGAAAUGAAUCUCCGUUUGUGAAAUAACGUGAAACAACGUGAAACGUGAGGCUACUCGCGGAACGUGGCGGGAAUAAGGCCGAGAAAAAUAAGCGUUGCAAGGGAUCAGAAGAAUUUGAUAAACAGGAUGGAGGGAGAUGAUGGCCCUUCAGCCAUUAGUAGCAAACCUACAAUUAUUAAAGCGGCGCAAGAGGAAAUGGGCCGAUUGGAUGUAUUAGUAUGUGGACAAUGCCACAGUGUCUUUCACUUUAUCGAGGAAUUUCAAGAACACCGUACAAAAGUGGGAGUUUGCUCUCAAGUAUCGCACUUUCGUGAAAAUAACGAUAAUGGGCAGAAGGCACAGGUAUGGGCGUUUCUUUUAUGGAAAGAUUCGCAGAUCCAACAUGAAGGUUCUGACAAGGAUGCGACUAAUCCUUGGAAAUUAUAUCAGAAAUGGUGUAAGAUGGAUCCACAUGUGAGGGAUUCGUGGAUUACAGCAGGGAAAACCAUACAGACAUUUACAAAAAUUAGUAACGCAAAGAUGCAAGAUACACCAAGGCAGAUUCAAUCAAAUACAACCGAAGGUACCAAGCCGAUAGUAGUUCGCAAAGUUAUUAGAAACGGGCAACCAGAGGAUACAACGAUCGAUACUAAAAAGGAUAUUACAAAAACAGUGGAAACGAAAACACAAGAACCUAUGGAGGUCGAAAUGGACAAUAAGAGAGAGAAACCAAAACUGAAACCAUCAGUUAAGCCGAAGAAUAAGACUGGCAAGACAGUAGCUGCUACCGAUGAGGACGUGGAUCAAAGCAAUGAGGAAUAUGUCGUCGAGAAAAUUUUAGCCAAACGUUUAAAUACGAAAAAGAAGUGCGCUGAAUAUCUAAUCAAAUGGGAAGGUUACGCGGUCGAGGACAAUACGUGGGAACCCGCAGAGAACGUAGCAGUUUGCAAAAAUUUAUUGGAAGAGUUUGAACGAAAUCUCGCUAAGCAGAAGGAACUUAAAGCUGCUCAACAACAGGCCAACACGAAGGUCGUGGCACGUACGAGUUUAUCUGCGCAGAAACCAGUCAUAAAAGUCGAAGCUAGCAAACCCGGACCAAGCACAGCGUCUCAAGCAGGACGACCGAUGCGGUCGAGUAAAUCAAAAGCGAUGGAUCAAGUUAAGCAGUGGGUCGGUUCAAUGAAAGACGAGGAUAACGAUCUAACAGGUAAAAGAAGAAUCGAUUACUCGGAUAGCGAUUCGGAGGAGGGCGGCGGAGGAGGUAAUGCUGCAAAGAGAACAAAAGCUGACACCGGAAGCGACGACGAAUGGACUGGAGAAUCCGAAGAUGAAAGAUUAAUGGGCCGUAGCGACGUGAUUCAACGUGCUUUCAAUCGUGCUAAUGCCCAAUCCAACGGAUCCAACAGAGCAGCGGCGUCAGUCUCAACUACGGAUUUGGCAACUUCGUUGGGACUGCAGUCGCCCGAGGGAGCAAAAUCAUCCAACCAGCCUCCUGUACUCGUAGCCAAUGCUAAAGGAGUCGUUAAAGUAGAUCCCAAACAGAUGCCGAAUUUAACUUCCGGCGUUUACGUCAUGUCGCGGAAGGAUGGUAUCAUCAAGCUGGAUUCAUCUCCCAGCGGUAAACUCGCGGUCAAAGGAUCUCCAACAACGACGCAAGGUGUUUUAAUGGUACAAAAUCGUGAUAACACGAACGUAGUAAGAAAGCAAGUAAUCUCGUCGCAAUCGAACUCGAUGACUCCCGUGAAGGUAGUCUCGAAGAUGGAUGGCAGUCAAGUGGUGACUCAGAUGAAGGUGGUGUCCAAGUCGUCCAUCACACCCAAAGGGACGGGAAGCGUCGUCGCGCAAAAGACGGAACCUAUCAAGAUACAGCCCAAGCCGGAUCCGUCGCAGUUGCAGCAGAUACACGUUGUAACCGCAGUGCCAGCACCGAUAACUCUACAACCGCGAAUAACUACGAGCAUAAGACCCGCUUCGGUUACGCCUCAACGAACGGCGGACGGUCGUCCUUUGCUACCCAGACCGGCUCUGCGUGCUACCGCUCCGACCAGCGUUCUCGGCACGAUACGCUCACCGGUUAGAGCACCGUCCCCGAGACAGCAGAUACAGUCGCAAACACCGCGUCAAGCGUUGCAGAAGCGCACGACGACCACGGUCGUGAGCACGACCGGCACGGUUUCGCCGAGCGCCGCUAGUAGUGGCGGCACGGUCACACAAAUCAGGCCGAAAUUCACAAUGCUCACCACUCAGCCGAAACAAGUAAUAAAAACUGGCGGAACUAGUCUAGUGCAACAGAUACAGAAACAUUCUCCGAAGUCGUCACUCGUGGGUAAGACGCACUCAUUAUCUCCGCAGCAAAAGUUACUAAUGAUAAAGAAGAAGGCGCAAGAGGCAGCGGGAAUAACUAAACCGAGUGGUCGUGGACUUUUGGCAGGUGCCGCUCGUGGUGCUGCCGUUACUACGGGGGGACGAGGCAGAGCGACGGCAAAAGUGAUGACUACCGCCGAGUCGCCCGUUACGAUCGCGCACAACAAGCCUAAGGAGAGUAAACUAGCCGAGGGCGAUGGACUUCACAUGGAGUUUCACGAGGUUGGCUCAGAGGAGAGCAGUAGCGAGGGCGAACCGGAUUUGCCCCCACCUUCCGACCCGGAUAGCAUCACAGCUCCCGAACCCGACAGUCCACCGCGUCCGUUUACAUUGUGCCCCCUGACGGGACGCAUAAUGGGUCCGGACGGUGAACCGAUCGAGCAACAGACGGAACAGGAGCCUGAGCCACCGACACCUGUUGCGAUGUUGACGAAAACAACUUCCAUCACAUCCGAGACAUCGUCGGACGCGACUAUGAUGACCACCGCCAUCACUACCACCACCACCACCACCACUAGCACCACCACCGUCAUGGCUACCACCACCAACAUCACUACCGCCACCACUACAAUUUCCACCAGCAACAACAACAACAACACUACUACCACCACCACCGGCGCAACUGCCGAAUUGGUUCUACCAUCCCUCGACUCGCUCGCAACAGAAAACGGUGGCAUGGUGAGAGUCGAAAUGAGCCCCGGCGGCACCACGGGCACUAUCGUCCAAACCGGCGAAACAGCGCAGAUUAAUCUGUCAAGUGUCACGGUACCUGCAGCGGAUCUACCUUGUUUAGACGAUACAGCGAGUGUUCCAUCAACGACAACCGCGACAACUGCGAACCCGGAAACCACGUCCGGUAGCGACGGUACCGAAACGCCGUCCAUUACCACAGCAUUGUCAACUGUGGUAACGGCGUCGACGCCUACCGUUACCAUGUCGACAGUAGUAACAGGAACGGCGACCGAAGCUCACAACAAGACCACCACGGUGGAGGAGAAGAUAUCGGAGGAGAGGAAAGUGGCGACGGACGAGGCGUCCAAUCUGGUAACUAUAGCCGAACACGGCGUCGUCUAUCAAGUUGCAGGACAGGCUGAAGACGGACAGACGCUUUUGGUGACGCGAGGCGCCGACGGCGAGCAACAAUGCGUGUACGUUACUACCGAGCAGCAAGGGGAUGACGGCUCGGUCUUGACGUUGGAUCACGCUGUGGCCGAGGCUGUGGCGCAAUUGAUCCCGGACCAAGUAAAUCUCACUCCUCAAUUUUAUGUGAAAGAGGACGGGGCGGAACCAGCGGAAAAUUCAAUGGUGAUGUCUAUAAUGGAUAACGCAAAUGCGACUGAUGUUAGUGCCGGUACCGGUCAAGAAGACAACGACGGACAGGCCCAAGUUGUGGCCCAAGUGGUACAAGCCGAAGAACCCACUCCAGGUGGGACCAGAAGAGUGGUACUACUCUUGCCGGAUGGAAAUUUUAUGAUGACCGAGGUAGACGAGGAGCAAUACGCUGCACUGGAGCUUGACAAAUGAAGCGAUUACACGUAAAGUUCUUUCGCGGCAAAGUGAUUACACGUUAUUCUUUUGCAUACCGAGCAAAACGUCCGACCGGUAGCGUCGUGCGAGAGUUACACGAGUCACGCGCAAAUUGUACGCUUAUGUGUGAUCGUGAAUUGUACAUAUGUAAGAACGUUAACCUCGUGCGUACGAUCACGCUCGAUGACGCGUUUUAAAUCUAUUCUAUCGGCUAGCAAAGUAUCGCAAAAACGGCAAGAGAUGAUGAUGUAAAAAAAAAAAA